AUGAUGAUUUCCCCCAUCUUCUUCAUAUUUUUCGUUACUUUGUCCUCUUGCUAUGCUGCUGUGCAAGACUUCUGCGUGGCAGACUACACAGCUCCUCAAGGCCCUGCAGGCUACUCCUGUAAAAAUCCUGCAGCUGUUACGGUAGAUGAUUUCGUCUACUCUGCCCUCGGAGUUCCCGGUAACACCUCAAAUUCAAACAAACUCGGAGUCACCGCUGCAUUUGAUAGCCAGUUUCCUGGUCUCAAUGGCCUUGGACUUUCGAUGGUACGUGUGGACAUGGCAGUUGGUGGAGUUGGCCCGCUCCACAUACACCGGGGAGCUUCGGAACUCAUACUUCUUGUUCAAGGAACAAUAAAAGCAGGGUUCAUAGCCUCAGAUAAUACAGUCUACAUACAAACUCUGAAGCAGGGUGAUUUAAUGAUUCUCCCCCAAGGUUUACUCCACUUUCAGAAAAACAUAGGUGAUACACCAGCCCUAAUUUUCGCUAGCUUCGAUAGUCCUAAUCCGAGCGUGCAGAUUCUGGAGCUUGCAUUGUUUCAAAACGAUUUACCUACGGAAUUGAUAUCAGAGGUAACUUUCAUUGACACUGCUGAGAUCAAGAAACUUAAGGGUCUUUUUGGUGGUACUAAUUGAUGUAUACCAAAUCUCAGCAAUGUGAUUUCUAAAUAACUAGAAUUGUACUUGGUUCAUGUUACUUUAUUUUGGAUUAUUGCUUAGAAUAUGUGUAGUGCGUCACUGUUCCCGAAUUGUUAUCCCACUUGAAAUAAAGU